CUAGUCCAUAAUUUUGAAAAAAACAUCAAAGACUGUCACUUUUAAGUUUUAGCUUAAAAUACCACUUGAGAUCCUCAUCAAAUUUAUAUAAAAAAAAUAAUCUUUCUUCUCUCUCUCUCUAUCUCCUAUUUUGAGUUCCUCUACUUCAUUUCUUGUUGAGUGCUUUUGAGAGAUCAAGAUGGAGAGAGGUGUAGAUGUUGAUGCUUUGCUGGAGUAUGUUGAAUUUCAGAUUUUUCCGAGUCAGGGCAGGUAUGAGACACGUAUGUGCUAUGGGGACAAGGUAGUGGCAGCACCCUCUGGGCUCCUAGAGCAAUUAGUGCAACAUUCUCCCAAAAUCAAAUCUUUGCACUCCAAAGGAUCAGAUUCCAGUUUCAAAUUUAAGCCUCUGGGAAAUCUAAGUGAUGCCAAAUGGUUUACGAAAUCCACUUUAAUCAGGUUUCUUCGUAUUAUCAGUUCAUCAGAUGUAAUUAAUGUGGCCAAGGCGAUGGUAAAUGAAAUAUCACAGCUUGAAGAUGCUCGAAAGUUUCAUCUUUCUUUAUACUCAAAGGCGGAUGAUAACCCUUCUUCAGCAGAUGCUUCCAAGAAUGAAUUGUUGCGAGCAAUGGACUUGAGACUCACUGCAUUAACAGAGGAAUUGGCUGCUGUUUUUGACCAAGCUGUUGGCACCAAAUGCUCUUUCGAGGAUAUCACUAACAUAGAAAAUUUCUCUUACUAUUUUGGAGCUGUUGACUUAAGGAACUGUCUGCAGAAGUUUGUUGCAUUGAGGAAGGAGAACACGGAUGGUGGUUCUCCUGGUAAAGAGCCAUCUCUCUCUAAAAACGAUGUCAGGAACGACAAAGCUGGUUCAGUAGGGAGUAAUACAGCUGUGAAAUAUAGUGCCUCGCCUGCGAAAGCUGCUCAGCUUGAGAGGCAAAGCUCAUCAGCAAGUGAGGAAUUGUCUUCGACAAGUGAGGAGGAACAACCGUCGGUGGAAAGGAGUCGGACUCUUUUAAGAGCUGCAACACCAAGGAGGUCUGCAUCUCCGAUGCGAAGAGUCCAAAUUGGGCGCUCUGGAUCACGACGAUCCACUGCUUUAACAAUAAAGAGUCUGAAUUUCUUUCCUGCCAGGGAAAGGUCAGUCUCUCAUAGAGAUGAAUAUGCAAGCGGUUCUGAUGAGGAAGACCGUGAGCAAACCUCAAAAAAAUCUGAGAACAACAAUGUACAAAGAAUGAGUGUGCAAGAUGCAAUUAAUCUUUUCGAAAACAAACAGAAAGGUCAAGUAGUAGAUUUUCAGAAGACAAAGUCAUUAUUGAAUGUCUCAGUUGCUAAUAAAGCGGUAUUGAGAAGAUGGAGUUCAGGGGUGUGUGAAAGUGCUAAUCCCGUAAAUGUUGCCAAUAAAUUGGAAGACCAAGAAAUUGAGCGCGCUUCAGAAAUGAAGCCAGAAUCUUAUCCUACUCCCGAGAUCUCUGGUGCUGAGGCUGCUGACAAUGAUUGCAAAUCAAACUUACCUGAAGAAAGAGCAGCUAGUCCAGACGAAAUGAGGAAGGAAUCUCUCCCUAACCAAGAUGACGAAGCAGGUCAGAAAUUAAAUGCGUCAGUCGAAUGGACUCGAAAAAAGGAAGCAGAACUAAACCAGUUGCUGACAAGAAUGAUGGAAACCAAGCCUACCAAAUAUCAGAACUUGACACCUAGUGAUAGCAAACCUCAACGUCUUUCCAAUGAGCGUAAAGGUGGUUUCUAUGAUCAUUACAAAGAAAAGAGGGAUGAGAAACUUCGUGGUGAAACUACCAGGAAUCAAGCAGAGAAGGGAAAGCAAUUUAAAGCACUGCAGCAAAUUCUUGAUGAGAGAAAAGCUGAGAUGGUCUCAAGAAAAGCGAGUAAUGAUAAUAAAAAAUCAAAUAUAAAGAGAACGCAGAAAGCAGUGAAGAACUUACCUGAAUCUGCCAAUCCCAGAAGUGGAACUCCUAAUCCUGCAAUUGUAAAGAGAGUUCCAUCAAGAACAUCACCGUUGCCAGCAACUCGCAAGUCAUGGCCAUCUGCACCUUCACCAAAAACUCCUGCAGGUACUACACCUACUCGUAGAAUAUCGCAGCCAGCGCCAACUGCUCCUCAGUCAAGCCAAAAGGUUGAGAGAUUACAACCAAAGACCGUGAGAGCAACAGAGAAUGGUACCAAAAAGACUGUUAAAGGUGUAAGUGAAAAGAAGUUUGAAACUAUGACAAAAACUAGCAAACCUAGAAGAUCCAAAGUUCAGCCUGCUUCUGAAGAUUCUGCUUCCUCAACCAAACCUAAGCUCAGCAAGGUAACAAAGAAAAGUAGUGUGGUGCCUCUGGAAUCAAAGGAGUCAAAGCCUUUUCUUCGUAAGGGCUCACGCACUGGAUCGGUGAUAAAGGUUAAAGUUUCAUCUCAGCCUGAAGAGUGUGUGAUGGACUCUGUAGAUUUGGUUCAAACGGAAGAGAAAGAGAUGGCUUCCGUUUCUUUUGAAGAUUUAAAAGUCCAUGAGGAUAAAGCAUCUGAAGCUCAGGCAAAGAGCCCCCAGAAAUGUGAAAAUACCGAAAGUUUUGACACGGUCACUCCAAAUGAGACAGAUGAUUUUGGAAGGAUUGAAGAUUCUACACCAAAGACAGAGGUCGAAGGAGAACCAAACUUCUCACCUAAUGCCUGGGUGGAAAUAGAGGAGCACGAGGAUCAGUCUUUUCCAAGUAAUGAUGAUAAUGACUCUCCGGGGGAUGUUGCUGCACCUGUAAGAAUCUCAAGUCCACGAGUUCGUCAUUCUCUUUCUCAAAUGCUGCUCGAAGACAACAGUGAUGAAACUGAUGUCAUUGACUGGAGUAAUGCUGAGAAUCCACCAACCAUGAUCUAUCAGAAGGAUGCACCUAAAGGUUUAAAGCGGCUUCUGAAGUUUGCUCGGAAGAGUAAAACUGAUGCAAAUUCAACUGGUUUUUCAAGCCCUUCUGUCUUUUCUGAAGGAGAGGAUGAUCUAGAGGAUUCUAAAAUUCUUACUAAGAGAAGUUCUGAAAAUCUACUGAAGAAGGCUACACUUCAUGCAACUGAUCUGUCUGCACCAACUAGUACUGGCAAAAUUGCUGCUCAGAAAUUGCAAGAGGGCCAUAUCUCAGCUUCAGCGACUACAACAAAAGCAACAAGAUCAUUCUUCUCUCUUUCGGCAUUCAAAGGGAGCAAACAAAAUGAUGCCAAGCUUCGAUGACCAUGAAUCUGAGUGCUCGUGUCUGUUUCGUUGUUUCCUUUUUAGCCAUCAUUUGAAAAAAAAUAAAUUGUUAGAAUUAUCCUCUCCGUAUCCUCUGCACACUUAGAGUUAAGCACAAUCGUGCACGAUGUAGAUUCACUGUUAGAAACAUAGUUUUUUUUGUAGUAUAAAUCUCACAUUUGAUUCCUGAUUCGAACACAGAAGAGGCUCUUGUUUAUAUUCCUAAUAGAGUAUUGCAAAUAUUACUUAAAA